AUGGCUUCAAUUGCCUGCUAUAGCCCGCGCAGCCCAGCAGCCCGCGAUAGCUUCAAUUGUGCUGCAGCUCGUGCAGCCCGCGAUGGCCUCAAUUGCCUGCUGCAGCCCGCGCAGCCCAGCAGCCCGCGAUGGCUUCAAUUGCGCUGCACCCGGCAGCCUGCCAUGCCUUCAGUUGCUGCAGCGGGCUACGUGCGCAGGCCGCUGGAAUGA